UCUGUUAAUUUCUCUCUCUAGAAUUUCUCUCUCUAGAAUAAGAACACAUUGUGUAGUUAGUUUCUCUCUAUAAGAUCAAGUUGCUGAUACAGUGUAUUCGUGAGCCUACUGUCAAGUACACAAAACAAAGCAAACAGUUCUUCUCUCUACUUUUUCUCUCUAAAAAAAGUUAAAUUUCUAAAAAUGAAGAAAAGGACAUGAAAAUGAACAAUUAACCCGUGAGCUCUCUGUCUUAGUCUGAAAUCUAUUCCUGUAAACGUACGUCUCUUGUUUAGAUCACAUGCAUUCUUGAUUCAGACGUUGAUCUCUUUCUCUCUCUAAAAACUUGUUUUUUAGCAAAAUUCAGUUCUCUCUCUCCACUAUAAAUCGACCCAUCACUCCUUUUGAAUCAGGCCAUUUUUCAAGGAAUGAAUUUAAUGGGUUUCUCACUCCUCUCUCUCUCUAGAAUUCUCGGGAUCUUCCCUGUGUUCUUACUGUUUUUAGCCCAAGUUUUCAGCAAAGAGUGCACCAACUCAAUAACUUCCUCUCACUCAGCUCGUUACGCCCUUCUCUCGUCUUCAAAUGACACUUUGAAAGAAACAAUUUCCUCUCCCUUUCAUCUCACCCACACUGAUGAUGCACAGUGGUCCUCUCUCCUCCCUUCUCAACUCUUGAGAGAUAAGGACCAAUUCAGCAACAUGGGUACCGGCGUCGAGCUCGACUGGUCGAUGAUGUACCGACAAAUGAAGAACUCUAACAAGGGAAAACAGAGUAAUUCUCUCAAGGAAGUGGCCCUGCAAAAUGUGCGUUUGGAUCCGGAUUCGAUCCAUGGGAUGGCUCAACAGACCAAUUUAGAGUACCUGUUAAUGCUUGAUGUGGAUAAUCUGGUUUUUAGUUUUAGAAAAACAGCAGGUUUGCCAAAUCCUGGUGUAGCUUAUGGAGGCUGGGAGGCUCCAGAUUGUGAGCUUAGAGGCCAUUUUGUUGGACAUUAUUUGAGUGCUUCAGCUAUGAUGUGGGCAAGUACCCACAAUGCCACUCUCCAUGACAAAAUGACUGCAGUAGUCGAUGCACUCGAUGAAUGCCAGAAAGCCAUGGGAUCUGGCUAUCUUUCAGCUUUUCCAUCUGAGGCAUUCGAUCGACUUGAAGCUAUAAAGCCUAUUUGGGCCCCAUACUACACAAUUCACAAGAUCAUGGCUGGUCUUUUGGAUCAAUACACUUUUUCCGGAAAUGCUCAAGCCUAUCAAAUGGUACUUUUAAUGGCCGAGUACUUUGGCAAUCGCGUGAAAAAUGUUAUAGAAAAAUACACCAUUGAGAGGCAAUGGACAAUACUUAAUAUGGAGGAAAGCGGUGGCAUGAAUGAUGUCCUCUAUCGACUGUAUGACAUCUCGGGAGAUCAGAAGCAUUUAGAAUUGGCACAUCUGUUUGACAAACCAUGCUUUCUGGGGAUGCUUGCAUUGCAGGAGGAUGAUCUUUCUGGUUUCCAUACUAAUACACAUAUUCCACUUGUUGUUGGAAUUCAAAGGCGUUAUGAGGUUACUGGUGAUCCACUUGCCCAGGCAAUGGGAACGUACUUUUUGAAUAUCGUCAAUUCAUCUCACACCUAUGCUACUGGUGGUACAUCUGUCCACGAGUUCUGGUCUGACCCAAAACGCCUUGCUACAACGCUCGAGACAGAGAAUGAAGAAUCAUGUACAACUUACAACAUGCUCAAGGUUUCACGUCACUUGUUCCGAUGGACCAAGGAAAUUGCGUAUGCCGAUUACUACGAGCGCGCUUUGACAAACGGUGUUUUGAGUAUCCAAAGAGGGAGACAACCUGGGAUCAUGAUUUAUAUGCUACCUCUAGGUCGCGGGGUGUCCAAGGCCAUAUCUCUUCAUAAAUGGGGAACUCCAUUCACUACAUUUUGGUGUUGUUAUGGAACAGGUAUAGAGUCAUUUUCAAAGUUAGGAGACUCAAUAUACUUUCAGGAAGAUGGUGCCACCCCCAAGUUAUACAUUGCUCAGUUUAUAUCAAGUUCUUUUAACUGGAGUUCAGGAGGACUUACAUUAACUCAGAAAGUUCAGCCUGUUGUUUCUUCAGACAUGUAUCUACACAUUUCUGUGAAAUUCUCAACAAAGGAGGGGAAUAGCCAAGAGUCAACACUAAAUGUACGAAUACCAAACUGGUCAAAUAAGGCAUCAGCUACUCUAAAUUCUCAAAAGUUGGAUGUUCCAUCACCAGGCAAUUUCCUGACUGUCACUAGAAAAUGGACCUCAGAAGAUGAACUAUUGUUGGAACUCCCUCUUGAAUUGAGGACCGAUGCAAUACAAGAUGAUCGCCCUGAGUAUGCUUCCAUUAAAGCAAUUCUAUUCGGUCCUUACCUUCUCGCGGGGCUAAGCCAUGGAGACCGGGACCUAAACUUGGGCGCCAAAGAAUCUCUAUCUGACUCAAUAACACCAAUUCCACCCACUUAUAACUCUCAUUUAAUAACUCUCACUCAAGCGCAAGAUUCAGGCCUUGUCUUGUCGAAGUCAAAUGGCAUUAUAACAAUGGAGCCUCUACCAUUGCCGGGGACUGAUGAGGCAGCGAAUUCCACCUUUAGAUGGGUCCCAAAGACCAAUGGAGAAGCCAAUGAUACAUUCAUCAUUGGAAAGAUCAUGGCUUUGGAGCCAUUCGAUCUUCCAGGGACGACUGUGAUGCACCGGGGCCCAGGCACUGAGCUUUUCUUGUCAAAUUCAGGAAACGAGUCGAAUUUCAUGGUGGUUGCUGGGUUGGAUGGGAAGAAAGACAGUGUUUCUUUCGAGUCAGAGAGCCAUAGAGGUUGUUACAUUUACGCAGAAAAAUCAGUCCAGUUGAAGUGUAAACCAACUACUUCUGGUUCUGAUUUCGAAAGUAAGGCGAGCUUUGGAAUUCAUAAGGGGUUAAGCCAGUAUCAUGGUAUAAGCUUUAUGGCCAAGGGACCCAUGAGGAAUUUCUUGCUUAUGCCUCUAUUGAGCUUGAGGGAUGAGUUCUACACUGUGUAUUUCAAUGUCACAACAGCUUGAUGAUUCUCUUUCUUCUCCUUUUUUUUCUUUUUCUUUUUUUUGGCGGAUGGGGGCAGUUGAUUUUGCAUUUUGAAUAAAUUAUUCAUUUGGUGGGUUGC